CAUUGGCAGAGAGAGAGAGAGAGAGUCGAGCAUCAUCAGACAGCAGAGCUGAGAUCAGAGCACAGAGAAUCAUCACCGAACAUUCAGCGGCUUGUUUUCAGGCCCAGCUGCAGAAUCCUUCGUCAUGACUAAAGAGGAGAACCUGGAGGUGCAGGAGAAGGAGAGACAUGAUCGUGAGGAGCAGGAGGAGGGAAGAGUCCAGAAAGAAGAGGAGGAGGCUCUAACAGAAGAGGAGGAAGAAGAACAGGAGGAAGGGGAGGAGGAAGAUGAAGAGGAGGAAUACGAGCUAGAGGAGGAGAGGGCAGAAGUGGAUGAGGAGGAGGACGAUGAGCCGGAGGAGGAGUGUGAGGAAAGAGAGGAGAGGGAAGAAGAUUUGGAUCCAGUGGCUGAUCUGGAACCCAGCACCGAGCCUGAGCCUGAGCCACUGUCAGUGUCCGAGUAUCAAAGUCCAGUUCACGAGCCGCGCCGUCGUGCCAUGGUGCACCCCUCUGCCCAGGCACCACUGCCCAAAGACUACGCCUUUACCUUCUUUGACCCGAAUGACCCGGCGUGUUUGGAGAUCCUCAUGGAUCCUCGGACCACUAUCCCUGAGCUGUUUGCCAUUGUGCGUCAGUGGGUUCCCCAAGUGCAGCACAAGAUUGACAUCAUUGGCAACGAGAUCCUAAAGCGCGGUUGCCAUGUGAACGACCGUGAUGGUUUAACUGACAUGACACUGCUUCACUACAGCUGUAAGGCCGGAGCACAUGGAGUUGGUGAUCCGGCAGCCGCUCUGCGUCUCACCAGUCAGCUGAUCUCCUUGGGUGCCGACGUGAGUCUGAGAAGUCGCUGGACCAACAUGAACGCGCUGCACUACGCUGCUUAUUUUGACGUUCCAGAACUGAUCCGAAUUCUGCUCAAAGCCGCCAAACCCAGAGUGAUGAACUCCACAUGCAGUGAUUUCCACUAUGGCACAGCGCUUCACAUCGCUGCCUCCAACCUCUGCCUGGGUGCAGUAAAGUGUCUGCUGGAGCACGGAGCCAACCCAACUGUCCGGAAUGAGAAGGGCCAGGUUCCAGGGGAAGUGGUUCCUGACCCGAUGGACAUGAGCCUGGACAAGGCCGAAGCCGCCAUGGUGGCCAAAGAGCUGAAACAGCUGCUGCUGGAUGCCGUCCCCCUGAGCUGUAACCUCCCUAGAGCCACGCUCCCCAACUACGACAACAUCCCUGGAAACCUGAUGCUGACCUCACUGGGACUGAAGCUGGGAGACCGUGUGUUGCUGGAUGACAUGAAGCUCCAGAGAGACAAGAGCAGAGACAACGUCCUGCCUGAAAACCUCACACAGAUGGGCACUCUGAGGUUUUGUGGUACCACAGAGUUUGCCAGCGGCCAGUGGGUUGGCGUGGAGCUUGACGAGCCCGAAGGGAAGAAUGACGGCAGUGUGGGUGGUGUUCGCUACUUCAUCUGCCCUCCUAAACUAGGGAUUUUUGCUCCAGUGUCAAAGAUUUCCAAGGCUGUGGACCAGACGGUCUCAUCCGUCACCUCCACCCCCCGAACCCCCCGCAUGGACCUGGCCUCCCGCCUCGCUGGAAAAACCCAGAAGGAGAAAGAGAAGAAGGAAAAGGAACGACAGAAGGCUGAGAGGAAAAAGUCGUCAGCAGCCGGUCUGGAUCCUGAGGGGAUGAACGUGGAAGUUGGAGAUCAGGUUCUGGUGGCUGGACAGAAACACGGCAUCGUGCGCUACUUCGGCAAAACAGACUUUGCUCCAGGUUACUGGUUUGGUGUCGAGUUGGAUCAGCCGACAGGCAAACACGACGGCUCCGUGUUCGGAGUCCGUUACUUCAGCUGCCUGCCCAAAUAUGGAGUCUUUGCUCCACCCUCCCGCGUCCAGAGAAUUGGAGGCCCUAAAGACGGCUCGCACAGUGACAACGCCAUGGUGAAGAAAGUCCACCAAGUCACCAUGGCACAGCCUAAGCGUAACUUCAACACGAUGCGUUCUCCUAAAGACCUGACCUCCGAGAACUCCAUAUCCAGGUUGCUGUUCUGCUGUUGGUUUCCGUGGAUGCUUCGCGCUGAGAUGCAGUCCUAACCGCGCACCUCCCCCCUCCCUCACUCCUCCUCCUCCUCCUCUACCACACGAUCGAUCUCUCCGCGCUCUCCAUCUUUUUAAGUUUGCUUUCCUCUCUUGACUCUGAGUCUCCUCAGACUAUUGUGUGGUCGUCGCUCUCACUGACCCCCUCCUCUCUCUCACACACUCUUAGCCCAAAUCCGUCUAAUUAAUAUGUUCUAUAGCAAAAUCUAUAGUGCCUUGUAUCUGAUCAAAAUGUCCUGCAUUUGUUAAACCAAUUUGUUAUUUACAGAGUUUUUGCUGCUACACGUUUUAUUUUUGCUGCCAAAUUCUUUUAUAUAUAGAUUAAUGUCCACACCUGAGAAUAAUCCUGACAUUUUGAAAUCUGGAAACGUAAUCUGCAUAGCAAUCUGAAAGCAAACACUGAUCCUGCAAAACUAAUCCUGAAGAGUCAUUUUUGAUUCUGACCGAGGCUCAGACAGAAUAGGAUAAAUCAUUUAAAGGUGUCUCAUGAGCAGACACAUAUUGUGCUAAGCAAUCCUGUGCAACUCAACAUGGAUGUUUUCUGCAUGUAUGCAGAAAAUGUUUUUAGUUGUCGUCCAGUUGCUUGUUUAUCUGGCUGCUGCUGCCUCUUUGCUUCUUGUGUUUGUCUUUUAGUGGCUACCGUGUCUGAUGUGGAGACUUGAAUUUCUCUGUUGUGUUGAGACUCUCUCGCUCUCUUAAAUCAUACCGAGACGUGUAUAAAAACCUCUUGGAGUGUGCGAUUAAACGUUUACAACAGGGAAAAAUUGAUAUCAGGAGAUAUUGAGCUCUUACUUUUGAUGAAAUCGAAAGGCCUACAAAUGAGAAGGUCUCGGGGUGUGAAGCCGGCCAUGGCUGCCGGGGCCAAGUGUGAUAUUGAUGAGCACUCUGCAGAGAAAGGUUGAAAAUAUUGUAACUUUUAUGUCCCCGGAGACAAAUGCGUGGCAACAGAAUGAAGAAUAACAGAGUUAAACUUGACUAAGACUCAGAGAGAGAGAGUUUUUGCACUCAGAGAAUCGUGGUGACUAAACGUGAUCUUGUGCAGUCAGAGCUUCAUGUCCUACAAAUCCAUCAUCAUGAGUGUGACGCAGCUUUAAUCUCAGAUGUUCAAUUGAAAACAGGGUUUAUCAGCAACUGUAUUUGAUCAAGUGUUUGCAGUCAGUUAUAUUUUUUUUCUUUGUACAUAACAAAGUUCCUGGGUCCUUCUGUCACAUCUGUCCUCUAAUUUAUAUUUUAAAGUGUAUAAAUAAUGUCAUGUAACGGCACAUCUUAAAGUUGAAAUGUAGCUUCUUUUUUUUUGUGGUGCAAGUUUGGAUUUAAAAAGGUCCAGUGUGCAGUGAUCGAGCGCUGCAUGUCAGACCGAAACAAAAACAAUCAUAAAAAGCUAAUGCUAGAGCGUUAUUGUGCCAAGUCAUGAAGGUCACCGAUGACAACAGACGUGCAAUAUAACCAAAUUAGUUCAGUACAAGUUCAAGAGAAGGAAACAGAAGCUCAUUUCACAGCAGGUAGACCUUUCCCAUCUUGGAAAUGCCAAACCAAAAUUACGUCUAAAUGAGCUGAAAUCUGCAGAGUCACACUCGUCUGUUUCUACUUGUAACGCCGACAACAUUAGGAAGUUGCAUCCAGCCUCUCUGAUGGUGUUCAAAUACAACAGACGCUCGAAAUACACACAGAAUAUCUGUUUCUGAUACUUGUGUGAGGGCAGAAUGUUGCAUAUUGGACCUGGAACUAAAGAUUGUACCACAAAGGAAACGGCCGGAGUCAGCAUCUCGUCUUUUCACAAACAAUACUGUAGAUAGAUGAUAAGUGUUUUUAAUUAAUGAAUUAAUCAAUCAAUCAAUCAAUAAUAUUAAUAUUAGUACAACUAGUUGACUUACAGUGUAAUAUAGAAAUCUUAUCGAGCUGCAAUCAUAAUUUUCCAUGAACCAAAACUGCUUACAGACCCAAAAUGAUCAAAGUGUUUUUAAUAUUAGUGUCUGUGUUGAUUUUGAAGCUAAUAUUUGUCAUCAAUAACCCUUGUGUCCCCUCAUCAGACUGUCAUCUCGAUCAAUAUUUCUCCAUCAUUCCUCUCUUUUCCUCUCCACUCAUGCCUCUUUCUCCAUCUAAAUAAGAUUUCUGUACUUUCUGUGACCGUGAGCAUCCGUGAGAAGACUUAAAACCUAUCUAAACCUACGUGUGCUUAAUGUAAAACUCUCUUCAAAGUAUAUAACGUAACUGAAAACAGCAAUAUGUAAAACAGUGUACCUAUCUGUGUGUGGAAAUGUUUGUGUCUCUUCACACUGCGCGCGCACACAAACACGGAGAGACAAGCGCGCUCUCGCUCCUGUGGAUGAGGGUUUUUCGAGCGCGGGACACCUAAAAACUGCCAAAUGAAGGAAAAGAAAAAGUCCAGACUCUUUGAGGCCAAGGUUUAAAAAACCCUGAACAGAAAUAAUGUGUGGAGGUGCAUCAGUGACGGACGGGUGGAGUCAAACAUUCAACUGAAGUAACAAAAACUGUACAUAAAGUCAGUCAUGGACAUUCAUCAUCCAUCAGGAGUGACACCAAUAGAUUUUAAAAUCAACUUUUACUUUUAUUACCAUCAGCUAUUAUUGACAUUUUAUAUAUAAUUCAAAUGAUUGAUUUGAUGAAAAAAAAAGAACUUCUUGUCCCAAAGUUGCUUGUUGAAUUUUUGAUUCCACCUCUCUGAACUGAAAGAACUCUCUGAUCGUCUCUGUCGGUCAGUGGAUCUGUGGUUUUUCCUCAGGUGGAUAUUUGUGUUGAACCUUUUCUUUUGUGGUUGCUCCUGCACAAUGCUGUAUUAACUGUUGUGUUUGUGUUUGUGGAAUUAUCCUGAACAUUAAACAACAGCAGUGCUCAGCUCAGUCCAGCUGCAGAGAGUAGUUUUUCUGUUUUAGCGCUCAGGCUCAAACUCUUACAGCUAAGACGACGACGGCGUUAGAAAACACUUCUGUCAUGAUACGCCGAAGACUCGCAGCUUUACCUUCCUGCAUUCAUGCUCGCCGCUGCUGUCAUUUGCCAUGUCGCACAAAGACGAAUCCAUGUGUUGUGUUUCACAGUGUGUGGACGUGGGUGAACAUUGACAUCGGUGAUGGUUCGUCUUUGUACAGUAAACGUACAGUACAGUCAUAAGUCCCAGUAAAGCUUUGGCUAUUUACGUAAAUGUGGAGAUUCCUCUGGUUUGACCACCAGUGAGUCGCUGGUUAUUCAUAUUUACAGCAGAUGAAAUAUAAACAUAUGAGCUUUGGUGAUAUUUUGUUUCAUUUAAAAGACUAAAGUGGUUCCCCUUGUUUUUUGGAUUUUGCUUCCCAUUCCUGCUGAUUCAUUUCCUCUCAGCUUUGAGAGAAACUUUCCUGUUCUAUCAGUCGACUGUUUUAGGAUGGAGUCUCCAUGUCCUUAGCCCCUCCCACUGGAUGGACACAGAUAUUCGACAGCUGAUCCGAGGAAACCUCCCCAUCUCUGGGAGGCUCCGGCCAUAUUGGCAGUAUUGCUGAAAUAUCAAAACUUUUUUUAGGGGCCGUCCACAUGUGAACGAGUGUAGGUGAAUCCGAUAAAGUCUUUAUUGUGUUUAUUGAGUUUUAUCCACACGGAAACAGGGUUUUGGGAUUUCUGGUCCCAGAGUGAGAAAGAGGUGAUGUCAAAAUCCCGUCUCUCUCCUGCGAUUGCCAUGGCUCAUCUUCGUCUUUGUCGUCUUCCUCUUCUUGUGUUUAGAGAUUGUUUGGUCUUUCAUUUCAUUUCCUUUGUCCCACUGGUUUUCUUCAUUCGUCUCCGAUUCGGUGAUUGUAUACAUUGUAACGUAUACUUAUUCGAUUAAAGCUUCAUUUAUAAACUGUUUCUACACAUCUUCUCUGGUUGUGCAGCGCUACAGCACCAUGUACAGGCCUGGCAUAUGUACUACACUGCUCAGACAUUUUGUGGCUUUUGUGUGGAUGAAGACGUUGAUUCUGUUUCUGUGUGGAUAGGGCCUUUCAGCCUCUUUGGGCUUAGGCAGGUGUUCCCAAUGCUGGAAAUACGACUUUUGUGCGGAGAUGGAUUUAAACAUGCAGCUGCUUAGUUGAUCGGCCAGUAGGAGGCCCUCUCUCUCUUUCUGAACUGCACUGUGAUUGGUCAAAGUCAGAUUUCUCCAAGCCUGGAAACCAGAGGAGAUGCAGAAGUCUAGUUCUCUUGACAUCGCAUGUUGCUACGUUUAAAUAAUGAUAGAACCAUGUGGAUGUCAGCCACACUUGACAAAUCAGAAAGAAACAGCUGCUUGUAAGACAGGAAAUCGGUUAGAUAUUGAUGUACGAUUGGAUAAAUGAUCAGCAGGAAUGUAAAGUCAUUGUUACUUGUAGCUGAUUGUCUGAACCAAUCAGAACGUACUCCUGUAAAUCUUCUAGAAUCAAUCUGUGUCUCAGAAGUCAUUCUCUUAGAAACUGACUCUGGUUGUUUGAUCAUCAGUUUGUCUUAAAUUAUACAAUAUAUAUUUUGAUAACUUCACCAAGUGUGCUUUUUGUUCUCCAAUUUUGUAGCACGUGUGUGAGUGUGUGUGUGUGUGCGCGUGAGUCAGCCCUGUUGUGUAGCCGCCGGACGUUAAAGGGGAAACAGGGAAGAGCUUCUCAUCCAAACCCACUCACUGCAUGCUCUCUCUUUCUUUCUCUCUCUGUUUGUACCUCCCUCCCUCUCUCUUUCUCUCUCAGUAUUUUCUGGUUUGGGUUGUUCAGUGUGUACCUCCUCAUCAGCAUGGAAUUGCUUCUAAUAAUAACAAAAGUGAUAACUCUAUGAAUAUAAUAAAGAGUUUGAUGUUUUUCUA